AUGGCCGAGGGAAAUGCCUUGGUAUUACGUCCAGCACAGAUUCAAGCUCUUACGUCCAACUAUUCAGGGUCGUCUAACGAGAAUGGCCACCAGUAUGGAGCAGGAUCCAUGAUUGGUGUUGCUUUGGGCAUUGGACUUCCUUUGACGUUUGCAUUGCUCAUGGCUUUGUUGCGAUCCCUGGAACCAAUGGGCGCUCCUGGAAAAUACAGAAGGCGUUCGUUUUCCACUCUUUCAAAGUCUGGAACAAUGACAACAAUCGCAUCGACUUCAACUUACGCACCUCAACAACCCAAAGCAUCUCUGCAAAAGUUUGGCUACAGCAAAGGAUACUAUGCUCACGACGGCGAUCUCAGCGUACCUGUCUUUGAGCUACCGUCCAACCCUCCGGAGAGAAACGAGAGGGUCGAAGCGCCAUGA